AUGCCCAGUUGAGGUGCCAGUAUCUAGCUCUCUUCACUCCCGCCAGACGAAAGCGACGCACCACACCACGUCGAGCCAUGGAGUCACCGCCUCGUGCGGUGCAGCUGCUGGUUCUUCUCGGCGUCGCCGCCGUCUCGGCCUCGGCUGAUGCGGCGUUUCCAAGAGAGGCGCUCCCGACCAGCUCCGGCUACCUCCCCGUCGACGCCUCCACCAACGCCUCGCUCUUCUUCGCCUUCUACGAGGCCAGUGCCCCGCUCGCCGCGCCGGCCGACACGCCGCUGCUCCUCUGGCUCGAGGGCGGCCCCGGCUGCUCCGGGCAGCUCAGCAACUUCCUCCAGCUCGGUCCCUACUCCCUCCGCCGCCGCACCGGCAACUGCACCUCCCCCUCGCGUAACCCCUUCGCGUGGAACCGCCGCUUCGGGCUGCUCUUCCUCGACAGCCCGCUGGGCACCGGCUUCAGCGCCGCGUCGUCCGUCGCGGACAUCCCGCGGAGCCAGCCCGCCAUCGCCGAGCACGUCCUCGCCGCGCUCCAGUCCUUCUUCGACGCCAGCCCGGCCCGCUUCCGCGCGCGGCCCUUCUUCCUCGCCGGCGAGAGCUACGCCGGCAAGUACGUCCCCGCGGCAGCGUCGCGCAUCCUCGCCGCGAACAUGGCGCUGCCGGCGAACAGAAGGAUCGGCCUCCGCGGCGUGGCCAUCGGCAACGGGCUGGUGCACCCGGUCGCGCAGGUCGCCACGUACGCCGACACGGCCUACUUCAUGGGGCUCGUCAACCGGCGGCAGUGGCGGGAGCUGGAGGUUAUGCAGGCCGAGACGAUGGCGCUAGCGCGGGCGGGGCGGUGGGGUGAGGCGACGGACGCGCGCGCGCGGUUGCUGGCGCGGCUGCAGGCGGCCACGGGCCUCGCCACGCUCUUCGACGUGGUCACCCAGGGGUGGCUGGACGCCGACAUGCUGGGCGAGUUCGUGAACCGGGCCGGCGUCAAGGCGGCGCUGGGUGCGCGGGGCGACGUCGCGUGGGAGGCCUGCGCGGCGGCGGUGGUCACCGCGUUGCGGGAGGACGGGAUGAAGAGUGCAAAGCCGGAGGUGGAAGCGCUGUUGCGGCGGGAGGGGAUGCGGGUGCUUCUGUACGAGGGUCUCCGCGACCUGCGCGACGGCGUGGCGUCGGCGGAGGCGUGGCUGGAGGAGGUGGACUGGGACGGGAUGGCGGAGUUCCGAGAAGCCGAGCGCGCCGUGUGGCGGACCACCGACGAGGGGGAGCUCGCCGGGUACGUGCAGAGGCACGGCGCGCUGGCGCACGUGGUGGUGUACGGUGCCGGGCACUUCGUGCCGGCGGGCAAUGGCCGCGCGGCGCAGGAGAUGAUUGAGGGUUGGGUGUCCCAGAUGGGAGUGUUUGGUAGCGGCAAUACCGGCGACCGUGUACUCGAGACCGGCGGCGGCGUCGGGCACGCCGUGAUAUGAUUAAGCUUGUAAAGACCACGAGUCUGACAGUCAUCAACGUAGGAGCAACUCUGCCUACCGCUUCGUUCUCAACCGCCCAGGGGAGGCGAUUUGGCAGGCCAAGCCGUUCCUGCUUCCUGUUGCCGGUGAGGCCGUCGGCUCCUCUGCCCUCCGCUCACCGCUCCGGCGGCAGCGGGAGGGUGGGGGAGCCCGGGUCCUUCCGUCCGGUCUGUAGAUAGGUUUAGGAUAGGUAUGUCGGGUAACGGCGCUUGUUCGGUGCCGACGCCGCCAUCGCGAAGAAAGUUUUUCGGGCCACCGCCUUCACGAUGUUCUUCAGCGGUGUCGAGGAGCCACGGAUUUGUGUUCGAGCGAGUUCUUCAAGACGGCGGUGGAGUUCUUGCUCUGGCUCUUGUUUCUUUGGCUCCAUCCGCAUCGCGCCGGCUGUGUCUCCAGUGUCGUCGCAGAGCCGGAAGUAUGUAUCUUGGAGUUGGCCGACACUCCAGCGCCGGUCUUGUCCAAGGGAUGCUCAACAAGGAGAUUUGGCGUGGAAGAUUAGUCUAAAUUUCAGUUAAGUUCGUCUAAAUGUCUAUGUAAAAUAUUUCGAAUCGGCAGCGAAUUUCGUUCUAGUAAGUUGUAUGUACUUGUUGAAUCAAAUUUGUGUUUGUAUGCACAAAA